GUAUCCAAAGCGCGCUCACACCUGAAUUAUUGGGGCCACAUGCAUCGGCAAAAGACGAGAACGCGCGCCCUGUGUCUUCUCUGCUUCCCUCUCGGAUACUGUCGUUUCCUGCAUUCUAGUUGAUUGGCAAGUGGGGCCGGGACGACCACUGAGUAGCGAAAUACUGGGAUAAGAUGGAGGUUUGCGAGAGACUUUUGUGCCUGGCCGUGGUGUCCAGCGUUCUCGGCGUUGGCUCGGUUCUGGGGAAAUACGUGAGAGGUAUCGUCAAUACCAAGGAGGACUGGUUGUUCCUCACUCGCUUCUGUUUUCUCACUGAUUUUGGACGUCUGGACUUCCGGUUCCGCUACCAAAAGUCGCGAUGCUGUCAGAAUAUAUUGCUCUACUUCGAUGACAGCUCUCAGUGGCCAGCUGUGUACAAGAAGCCGGACAAGGACUGCUACCAGAAGGAGGCGGUGUUGAGACCAGAGAAUAACCAGGUUAUCAACCUGACCACGCGCUACACCUGGUCUGGCUGUGUGGUGGAAGGAGAGGGAGAUGAGGAGGUGCUGAGCUGUGUGGGAGGUCGUAGUUUCCGCUCGGUGAGGGAGAGAUGGUGGUACAUCGCUCUCAGCAAGUGUGGGGGGGAAGGUUUGCAGCUGGAGUAUGAGAUGAAGCUGACCAAUGGCCAGUCUUUCUGGACACAGCAUUUCUCUGCAGACGAGUUUGGGAUCCUGGAAACUGACAUCACGUUCCUGGUUAUCUUCUCCCUGGUCUUCAUCCUCUCAUGUUAUUUUGCCUAUAAUCUGAAAGGAAGGCAGCUUCUCCAUACAACAUAUAAGAUGUUUAUGACUGCGGCUGGUGUAGAAGUUGUCAGCCUUCUGUUCCACUGUAUCUACUGGGGCCUGUAUGCCAGAGAUGGAGUGGGCAACGGCAGUCUCAAGAUAAUGGGGAAAUUACUGUUCUCUGUCAGUUUCCUGGUGUUCCUGCUGAUGCUGAUCCUGCUGGGAAAAGGCUUCACUGUCACCAGGGCGAGGAUCAGCCACAGUGGAUCUGUCAAGCUGUCCAUCUACAUGACAGUCUACACCGUCACCUAUAUCAUCCUCUUCAUAUACGAGGCAGAGUUCUUUGACCCAGGUGAGGUGCUGUAUGCAUAUGACAGCCCGGCGGGCUACGGUCUGAUGGGUCUCCAGCUGCUGGCCUAUGUGUGGUUCUGCUACGCAGUCCUGAUCUCCCUCAAACACUACCCUGAGAAACAACCCUUCUACAUCCCCUUCUUCACGGCAUACACACUCUGGUUUUUCGCGGUGCCCGUCAUGGCUCUGAUAGCUAACUUUGGCAUCCCUCGCUGGGCACGGGAGAAGAUCGUCAACGGCAUCCAACUGGGAAUCCACCUCUAUGCUCACAUCGUAUUCCUCGCUAUCACGCGGCCCUCUGCGGCCAAUAAGAACUUCCCGUACCACGUGCGGACCUCUCAGAUCGGGAUCCUGCUGUCUAGUCCAAAGGCGGGUGUGGCGAGUGAGAGUUUCCCCCACCAUGCCUAUGGGAACAGCUCCUUCCUGGGCGACUCCCAGCCCAACUUCACAGAACUCUUCUCCAUCCAGUCGGGCCCAGUGAAGACGGUGGAGGAGACGGUGGCCCGGAAGGGACAGGAAGUGCAGAGGAACAGUGAGCAUAAGAUCAUCACCACCACGGCCGACCUGUCGUUACCCACCUUCCCCCCACUCCCUCCCCCCAUGCCCACCCACCUCCCCCGCCCUCCCCCUCCACAACUCCCCUCCCACUUCACCGAGUACUUCAGCAUGCAGGGGGGAGGGGGCAUGGGCACCAAGGCAUGAGACAGACGGAGAGAAAGAAAGAGGGACACAGAGAGAAAGAUCGAGAGGGAGGUGAAGAUCCAGGUAGCAUAGAAAACAGGUCAAGCUAUGUAUAGCCACGAGGGAAGGAGGGAGGGAUAUGAGGAGGAAGAGAAGGGGAAGUCAUUAUAAGCAGACAUGUGGAAUGGAAAUCCUAAAUGUCCCAUUUUCACCUCUGAAUGGGAAAAAGUCUGAAUAAAGAAGAGGAUAUGGCUGUGAGUUAAAGUGCUGAGCUUGUAAAAGAAAAAAGAAGCAAUAAAUAUUUGAACAUGAGCAGGGAGAGAGGCACCGGGAGGGAGAGAUGACAGAGUGGAUGUAGCCUGACCAAUAGAAUGAUAGGAGCGCACAGUGGAGACUGAACAAAACUCCUAUGAACACUUUUAUUCAAGACUUUAUAAGGCAUCAAUGGAGGGGCUGAGGGAAACGUGUAAAUAGCUGAAGAGAAUGAGUUCCCAUUACUCUAAAAUAGUUGCAGUUUAUAUUACAAAAGGGAUGUUUUUUUUCCAUUGUCGAAUUCCAAGUGGUGCUGUGACCAUUGCAGUUCUCAUGCCAUUACAUUGUACAAGAGUAAAAUAUUCACUCACAUCCUGAAACAUACAUUUUUUUUUCAUGUUUGACAGAUGUUAACACAAAAUGUAGAAUUUCUCCAUAUAGAAUAUGUUGGGAUGAUUUAUAUUCUUAUAUAUUCUCCAGGCUAUAGGAUUGAUAUACUGAUGUUUAAGUGUACAAUGUUCAGUUUACUGUGGACCCCUGAGGUACUGCUAAAACAAGCAUGUACUCCCUGUCUCUAAACUGAUUAUACUCCAUGUGUUCAUACAGUGUGUGUGCCUGUUGUACCAAACUACUAUACAAUAGCUGUGUAUAUUUCAUACCAUAUAGGCUACCGAGGUGUUAAUGUCACUUCUUCUGGAUCUCUAUUGGAACCUUCUGGAACCUUAUGUCAUACUGUCCACAGACAACUGUUUUAACUCAGAAUACUACUGUUCAGUUUUCACUGGAGUGCAAGAUAUUAGCUUGCUCUGAAUGUAAUUCCUUGAUGUAUGUAGACCUUGGUGAAUGUAUUAAUGCAAUAGAGCACAGGGAAAGGGGUGGUUUUAAAGUUAAAUUAUAAUUUUUUACAUAGAAAUCAUACUUAUAGCUUGUUUUACUUUCAAUUUCAGCCUCCAUCCUUGACACAUGAUUUAAGGAGGGAAAGUUGUCCAGCGAGGAUGUGAACUAACUUCACAAUCACCCCCCCCCGACUAGUAUGUAACGAUGUCAUGUCAAACCUGUACAUGUCUGUCUGUAUGGCCGUUUCCCUCAGUGAAGUUGUACAUCUGAUCUGAUACUGCGUGAGGGGCUCAUUGUUGUUUCUCCAUAAGUAGGAACAGUAGUUCUUCCUGACCAUGAAAAGUCCUGGGCCCAUAAACAACUAAAGCAAACCUUUUAGAGUAACUGUGAAAGUAGUAGCACCAACGUCCUGUUUGUCCUGCAUGAAGCACUUUAGUGUUCUCCUACUCUUAGUUUUCUGUUCUGCCAUUUAUUUCAAAGUGACUUUGAAUAGCGCUUUAAUCUGGAUCAUACGUAUCCACACACUACAUCCAAUGAUAUUCCGGUAUCAAAUAUACAAAUGUUACCUGUAGAUAUGUUCAUAUUAAUCAAUGUCAUCAAGUGUCAUUAUCAGACAUAUAAAAUGUACAUGAUCUGAAUAAUAUUAAGUUGAUUAAUGAAAUAGCCUAAUGAUAUCAAUGUAAGGGAGGGAGGGGGGUAUUCACAAGACUGUGUCAAGGCCAAUUUACCACCUGUUCUAAGAAAUAGAAGUAAUCAAUUACAUUUUUUUUUAUAACUUGUUAAUAUCUGAGUAUGAAACAUGCAAGUCUCUUUAAUCAUUUUUAAAUCCAAUCUGUAAAAAAAAAUGGUGUGGGAGAAAGAAUGGUGGUUAAUUGACUGUUUCCAAUGGUUUAAUUAAUAGCCCUUUACUACAGAAAGACAAUGUCUGGAGUAGGCUUGGGUUGGUCAGACUGGUACUGCACAUGUUAUGUACAUGAGAACAUACAGUCAAAGGUAUAAUGUAGUCUGUAAAAAAGAAUGACACUUGAAUUAGAUUGUUCUGGUGUUCUAAAGGUUGUCUCUGUAGGCGUAUAUAUAUUUGUCUCUAUUGCCAUUACAGUCCACUGUUGUCCAUGGUUACGGAUGCCAUUACUUGACUGAAUAGAUUUUGACAGACAGGUUCCAGUCAUUCUGUACAACAAGCUGCAUGAUCAACGUAUCUAUGGUAUUUGUCUAUUAUACACAGACGCAAGUAGAAGAGCAACGGGAGAUGAGUGAGGGUUUUAUAUGCAUGACAGACAACAGCACAGCUUCCUGGGUAUUUAGAAGGGUCUGGUUAAGAGCACAUUACUGAAGCACUGUUAGAAAUGAAUGCAUUUUAAUGGUGUCAAAUUAGGAUAUUCUGAAUACGCUGUACAUAAACUUUUUGCCAAAUUAAAAUGGUUGGUUUUACUAGA